AUGUCUGUCCAACCCUUGGGAUUGCAAGCCAACACGGCUCAGCCGGUGGAAAUUACCCAAGUGACAGCGGCUGUGAUUCGCCUCGCGUGGAAUACCCGCAAUCUCCUGACGAGAUCCGUGGAAACAAGCGAAGCACAGGACACCGAACCAGUCUACCAGUCUACCAGUCUACCAGUCUACCUGACAAUACAAUCCAGGAUGGCCAUGGCAUUGCAAAGUGGCGUCAUGGCGGGUGAAACAGACACCUCUGCAACGGUCUGA